AUGUUUUCUGUACACGUCAGCCAUAUGAAACCUCCGUCUACAAUGAAAAUUACCGAGUACCGAGACAUAGCCGCAAUGAUAUUGGACCUGCUCGUGAUAACAGACCUCACUGCAAUUAGCCGUACUUGUCAAAUCAUGCGAGAAUUAGGCCAAGAGGUUAUACGCCGAAGAUUUAGGCAUAUAUUGGAACCUUUUGCGGGCAAUCAUUUGCCGAGUUUCCUCUCAGCUCUACGGCAUGGUAAUGGUCUUAUAACUGGAUCAUCCGUACGAGCGAUGAUGGGAUAUAACAAUAGCAGUGCCUCACGGGACCUGAACAUUCUCGUCCCGUAUACAGGUUUUGACAACUUACACGAAACCAUCGAACACACGCUCGGAUUUACGUCCAUUUCAAGAGUAGCGCAUCCUGCCAUUGCAGCCUCGAUUGGCAUAUUUCGCAAAUACAAAUCAAAACACCGAAUCAUCACCCUAUCCGCAUCCCAUAAAGACCAGAAUAUUCUCCACAUCAUUCUUAAUGCCCCAACAACAGCCGACAUGCUAUUCAUGACUACCGGAGGACUUUGUUACUUCUACCCAAAUUUUUAUCACGCAGGAAUUGCUAUUGAAAGCCACAGUGGAAAUUUAGUCCCAAAUGACAAGAAAUUGGGAUGCGCUGGAGAAAUAACGGACGAAUUUGAGAUGGAGAAAGACAUGUCGUUCCUCAACAGGACCUGCAAUGAUUUAUGUCCCACAUUUUGGCACCACGUCGAAGAAAAACGUUGGCGUUUGUGCGUUGAUUGGAAUGUAGAAGAUUCAGUCACCAAAGUUUUCCAUGACAUCAAUGUCGAAUGGCGAUUGAACAGAGAGUGUACAAAUAGCGAAUGCCCUCGCUGUUUUACGGAGAUGUCACAAAACUGUGAAUGUGCUGGUGCUAGUAACCGUGAUGAUGUAAAAUGGAUACCCAGACAAAUACGGUAUCGCAAACCACCUUUCCUUCAACUAAUUAAAGGAAUAUUUUAUGGCGCACAAUGCCACCGACCUUUUCUUGUACCAAUUCCAGUAAAAGACGGUAUCGAUAAGCCUCCUACACUCGACGACCUCGAUAUCAAUUACUGGGACCUUUGUCACUAUUCCUGGCUCUAA